GGAAAAAAUAGGAGAAUGUAAAGAAGUAAUCACAUAAGAAAAAUAUCGAGUCAAAACGCUGUAUAGUUCCCAUGUUGAUAUUACACAUUUCUUUCUGCAGAUGAUAGAUUUUUGUUUGCGAGAAAAUGGUAUUUGUCUAAGUACUGUGACUAGAGAUAUCGUCACAGCUGUCGUAUUAUAUCGUUGACUAUUAGUUUGAGGUCACAGAUGAUUGAUAACUACAGCAGUUAGAAAGUUAAAGUACUGAGUUACAGCAGGAGACAGUAACCAUGUUGUACAUUUUCCAUGUGGACACUGGGACUAUGAUGACCUUUGACAUGAACCUUGCUAUGGAAAAGGUCUCAAGUCUGCAGGGUGUAAUUGCAAGGGGUUGUAGGAUCCCAGAAGACAAGCAAGUGUUGUUGAUCAGUGGCGGAGAAAGUCUUGACCCAAAUGCUGUUGUCGGAAAAUACCACGCUGGAACGGAUACCAACCCAAUAUUUCUGUUCAGCAAGAGUACUAUAGAGAGUUCUGUGCCUCCAUCGCCUAGUGUGAACUAUGGAUCUGACAUAGAUCUUCAAGGUCAAGUGGAAGGGUCUUUGUUAAUGCCACCAGCUUAUGAAACGGUUGUAUCAAGGGCACAGCUAGCUCUGCAAUUUCAAGAUGUGGACACAGAAGAGUUGAAAGCAUGUGAAAGACUGAUACAUGAUCAGCACCUACAGCAGCAGGGCUGGGCAGCGGUGGUGGCUAACCUUGAAGAUGUUACAAGUGAACUUCAUCAUAGAUCUGAGACAUUUCAUGAGACCUACAAACAGUAUCUGGAAGACAGACAGACAUAUAGGGAAUUAAUAAGCAGUGUGACUCUGUCACUACAGUUAUUGUCCAAAAUCCCAGUGCUUCCUUCCCUAGUGAGAUCAUGUGAUAUAACAGCAACUGAUAGUAGCUCUUCUACAGAAGGCAUGUCAAAAUUUACCCUCUUUGACUGGAUAAGUUCACAGGACAGCAGCCAUACCCUACAUGACAUGGUGGAGCAGUGUGGAAAAGCUACAGAACAGUUGGAUCAGAAAGUGGAUGAAACACUUAAAGCUGAGGUGGAUCAAAUGAUGAAAGAGGUUCAUAAUGACAGUAUGAAGGAGGUGAAAGGUUUAGAAGAUAGACUGUAUGGGUUGGAUCAGAUCAUUUCCGGGGCCAGAAAAAUAGUGCAAGAACAGGCAGAAUUAGCACAAGGAUUUGUACAGAAUCAGAACAGGUUAAGUAACUUAAGGGACCGAUCAAUCUUGCCUGACUUGUGUUCAAGUCAUCGUAACCAGCUGAUAGAGAUGAUGAAGAACCAUUCACGUUUGCGAGAAAUCAAGAAGAAAUGUCGCAUGGCAAAAGAGGAACUUUCUGUUAAUCUACACACAAGAUUGAGAUGGGUGAUGUAUGUGGAAAAGAAGAUCUGUGAUGUUGAUGGUAAACUUACCAUUUAUCUUGGUAACCUAAGGAGGCUUAGAAAACGACUGGAUAUUUUACACCAAGUACAGGAUGCUCCAAAAGUUUAUGCACAGCUUAUGAUUGAAGUGGUUCGAAGAAAACAGUUCUCCAGCAAAUUUCUUUCAUGGGCUACAUCACUGGCUGGGGAUUCUAGCAGGUUACAUACAGAAGAAUUAAAAAGACGAGAUGCUUUCCUUAGGAUAAUAGGUCACCAUUUUCUACAGGCAAUGUUUUGUGGGUUUGAAGACUAUCCACCAGCAUUUGCUACUGAAGCCCCAGAUGAAUUUGAUGGAAACCUCCCUGAAAUAACUGCUGAUGAUAUUAAAGAGUUAAAGGAGGCUGUCCCAGAAUUGUCAGGUGUUCUCAGUGUACCGGCAGAAGAGGAACUGUUUGUAGCUCUAACAAAUAUUCAAGACCCUACUGUUCAGUGGGUUGACAGUUCAGAGCCCAGUCUGAAAGUGCCUCAGGGACCACGUAAACUUUCUCGAGCCAGAUCGGACUCUGAUGCUGUACAUGAGGAGCACAUGCAGCCGUUCUCACUGGAGGGAGGCAGCAUCUCGCUCGGAGACCAGUUUGAGGAGUGUAAGGGUGCUGAAGAGGAGAUUGUAUGUAAACCUGGGUUUGACUCCCUCAGUCCACCAGACAAAGAGUUCCUGCUGCCAAAGAGUCUGUCAGAAGAACUGACCUUAGAAAUGAAGGAAGAAGAAGCAGCACUGAAAGAAGCACUUUGUGACACAACUGAUGGUAUCAAAGUAAAAGACGAAAGCCAAAGCUCAGCAUCCACACAAGCAAUUCCUACUCUGCCAGCAGUGAAACGUCGUAUUUCUGGGAAGUCCCUGACAGACACAUCACCCGAUUUAGAAACUUCCCAAGAAUUUACCACUGCAGAUUUCUAUUUUGAUGAAUCCAUGCCUUCCUCAAUAGAAUCCCCACCAAAGUCAAGCACUGACAUGAAAGUGAAUCAAGAACAAAUCAUUCUUGCAGAGAGGCAUCUUAAUGCUAAACUGCAACUACAGUUGAAAGAAUGCAAUAAAAAGCUAAGUCUUAGUGAAAAAACUUUAAAAGCAUUGAGAGAGUUUGUUGAAAGUAAAGUUCCUUCAUUAAAAGAUAAUGUGAAAGAGUUGAAAAAGGACCAGGUUGACCAUGUUCAAAAUGUGAUGGAAGACAUUGAAAAUAUACGGACAAAUGUGAUUCAGAUGGUGCAGACUUAUGAUAAAGUCAUUUCAGAAAGAAAUCAAGCUGUGAUAGAAAAGUUCACACUUGAAAAGGAAGAAAGAGAAAAGGAACAGAAUGAAAAGAUAAAAGUAGAAACAGAAAAGGCUAAGAGCUUAGAGGAAUGUCUGAGAAAAUUAGAAGAGGAAAUGAAAGAAAAGGAAUUGAAAGCAAGUAAUGACUUUAAGGAAAAGGAAAAGCAGUAUGAAACAAAAUUUGAAGAAAUGAGAAGUGGGUUAUUAAAUGAAAUAAAGGAACUCACGCAAAAACAUGAACUGGAAUUAGAAGUAGAGGUGGACAAAGCUAUGUCAGAUUGUUCAGUGACAAUUAGUAAUUUGGAGAAAGAGUUGGGAGAAAAGACUGAUAUCAUAAGUGAAAAAGAAAGUGCAAUAAAGACUUUAGAAAAGGAAAAGAUUAAGUUGGAAGAAAGUCUUAUGGAUAAGUUUCAGGUGGAGAAGGAGCAAAUCUGUGAUAUACUAGGUAUUGAAUUUGAACAAAAACUUCAGAAGGCUGCCAAAGAGCAUGAAGAGAAGGUUGAAAUAAUGAAACAAUCUAUAGUUGCAGAGUUAAAUGAAAAACAUGAAACAGAGACACAACACAAGUUAGAUGAGUUAAAAAAGAGUCUAAUGGUUGAAAAAGAACAGGCUGUUGAAAUGACUCAAAGUAUGAUGGUAACCGAACACUCAAAAGCUGCCGAUGAAAUAAAGCAAAAAUUGGCUAAUGAAAAAUCAGCAGAGGUGGCAAAGUUUAGAGAAGAACUGGAAAAUAAGUUCCAAGAGGAUAUUGCAAAGUUAAGUGCAGAAUUCAAUAAGGAAAAGGAAAUGUUAUUUAAGGAAUUAAGUGCAUUCAAGGACCGUGAAUUUUCUCAUAUUGAGAGUCAAACUCUUAAUUCUGUGUUUAAUAUAAGUGAUAAUGAUGCUCAAACAACUCCAGUUCCAGUACAGCUUGAUUCUCAGGCACAGACUGAAAUCCUGGACCAGUUGACUGCUUCAAUGCAGACUGAUCCAAGUGACCAGACUCAUCUAGCAAUACAGACAGACCCUGCAGAUACCAAAAGCUCAACAGUUCAAACAGAAAAAGCUGAGGUAUCUGAGUAUUCAGGACAGACUGAUGUAGCACAGCUGUAUGAUAUGUCUGUUCAAACGGAAAUGUGUGAUACUGGCUGUGAAAAAACUACAUGUGAUACAAAAGACAAGGUAGAGUCAGUGUCAGUUGAUAAAAGUGCUGCAGCUUCAGAGGAAAAUGUUGAGAGCAGAGCAGGAUCAGACUCGUACUUGGUCAAAAUUGAAGAAAUAAGAAUUACUCUGCAGUCUGAAUUUGACACAAAAGUUGCCCAAUUAGAGGAACAGCACAAUACGGAGGUUAAUCGACUGGUAUCUCUUAUAGAGAAAGAGAAAGAGGAUGCCCUGCAACUGAAAUCUAGUCUUACUACAAUGACUGGUGAUAAACAGACAAAGUUCAAUGAAGCGGUGAACAGAGUCAGCAAAGAGAAAGAUAGAGUGAUAGAAGAACUGAAAAUUAAAGAGAGAGAUGUGGUUGUAGAUAUCAAAAAGUACCAAGAGCAAAUAGAAAUGUUAAAAGAGGAGAAGAGUAAGGCGGAGGACAUCAAGGAACGAGCAUUGACCUUUCUGAAGGACAAGGAGGCCAACCAACGGCACCUGGAGAGUGAACUCGGUCUGGCACAGCAACAGGUCAAACAGUACAAGGAACAGCUACAGAGUCUGGGCUCGGACUCGGUAGACCCUAGUAUUACCAAAUCCUCACAGUCUGUUGUAAAAAUAAGUGAUCCAGAGGAACCUGCACUACACCAGAGAAUCAAAGCCCUUGAGGAUGUGGUAAGAUUGAAAGAUGAAGAGUUAAGUAAAAUGCAACAGAAAGUGAUGGAGCUUUCUAUGUCAGCCAGCACAAGGUCAUUAGUUCAGGACAAGGUUUCUAUUACCAGUUGUCACGUAGGAGACCUUGUAUUACUGUGCCUGGAUGAACGCCUAGACCAGUAUGUUGUGUUUACUGUUGGUACUACAUUACAUUUCCUACACACAGAAUGUCUGUCACCUUUAGGCCUCAAAUCAGAAACUGGUGAGUCAAAAAAACAGUGGCUGAUUGCUGAAGUUCUAGAUAAAGAGUAUUGCCAGGCUAAGAAGUCCAACAACAGAUUCAAGGUACCAGUAGGAACCAAGUUUUACAGAGUUCGAGCUAAACGCUGGACACGGGAGAACACUCAGUCCCCAGUGAAGAAGUCAGAUACUGCAUCAGGCUCUUCAUGACAUUCUCUAGAAAACCUGACAGUUCUCUAUAGGCCUAGAUAAUCACUUCUUUUUAAAUAUGAAGAUUGUUUUUUUUUCUCCAAAGAUGUAAUUGAAUAUUGGGGAAACUCGUUCUGAUUAUACUGUAUGUAUAAUGAUCAACUGAUUCAAAUAUAGAAAAUAAUAUUACUGUAAACAUGUGUCUUAGAUUGGAAAAAUCGUUUACGGAAGUUAGUUGACUGAUUAGAUAAUAUUUGGCCAGUUUUAACCAGGAUUUGUGGCCGUAUUUUCCUUUUGGAUUGUUAGAUAAUUUUGUGAUUUCACUAGCAAAUUAAGGCAUAUAUAAUCAUUAAUUAUGAUGGAUUUAAGUCAUGAGAACAUUCCUUUGUCUUCCUUAAAAAUGCAGUCUGAAAUUGUAUUAAUAAGUUAUAAAUAUUUAAUAUUCCAUUUGUGAAAUGAGUAAUUUUUUCAGGAAAACAGUUAUUUGUUUCCGAUUACUGUAAUAGUUUAUUAAUGUCAGAUUCUAACACGAUCUGCAGCAAUUGCUAUAUAAACAUAUAGCGAAAUCGCCUGUACAUGAAUCUACGAUAAAAUUUGGUUGGCUGUUACAUUUCACCCCUUAUGAUUGUGGCAUAAGAGAUUCUACUUCAGUUCCAUUACAUACAAAUUAUUUCAGGGCCAAACGGUUGAAAACAGCAUUUCAAAAACAUAAAUAUGAUGAAAAAAGUCAUACUGACUUAUGUGUAGGACUGUACAACACGUUUCGAUCUCUACGAGCGAAUUCAAUUAGCUUAAGAUUCAGCGGUGACGUCAUAAAUGUAUGACAUAAAGUAUGACGUCAUAUAAAGUUAAGCUCGUAACUUGUAACACAGUGUCAGCUCACCUAAUUUGAUGAUUUUCUUCAUAAUUAGUUUGCGAGCUGUUAGAUUACUGAAUUAUAGAUACUUCUCAAAAGUCUGAUAAAAAGAAACAAAUAUCUAUACAUUCCAUUGGCUAUGCAACUCUUUCUAACCAUAGGGGGUAAAUUGUAACAGUAUAUGACCCGAAUGACGUAUUACGCUGGAAAUGUAGUACUGUAAAAUGCGAAUUAUUUGCGUUGUUAGAAUUGAAAUAAUAAAUCUGUUCCAAUAAUUUUAUCAAUUAAUAAAACAUGGACAGUCGUUUGGAUGCGAAUGAUUAAAUCACUCGUGCUACGCACUUGUGAUUUAAUUAUUACGCAUCCAAACUCCUGCCCAUAUUUUAUUUACUGAUAAAAUAUAGGAACAGAUUUAUUAUUUCUUAAAUAUAGAUGUUCUUAAAGUAUAAAUACUACAAACAUCAUACUUGUUUGUGAUUACCAUUUGGAGCAGUUUGUUCUAUCUUUAUUAUAUCCCUAGAUACAAGUAAAUUGGGUCUACACUAAAGUCACACAUGUCUGCCUGUCCAUCUGUAAUUAUACCCCCACCAAACAUGUUUGAGGGGGGUAUAUAGGAGUCGGGUCGCGUCGCGUCCCGUCCCGUCGCGUCCCGAAAUCUAUUAUCUCAGUUAUUACCAAAUAGAUUUGAUUCAGACUUAAAAUACAUGUUCCACCUUAUCAUCCACAUAAUGUGACACAAGGUGCAUAACUCUUGACACCAAGUUUUCAUGAAUUAUGUCCCCUUUUACUUUGAAUUUAAGGUUAAUUUUGUUGUAUUUUCACUAUAUCUCAGUUAUUACUAAAUGGAUUUGAUUCAAACUUAAAAUAGAUGUUCCACCUCAUCACCCACAUCAUGUGACAUAAGGUGCAUAACUCUGACACCAUCUUUUUAUGAAUUAUGCCCCUUUUUACUUAGAAUUUAAGGUUGAUUUUGAUGUAUUUUCACUUUAUCUCAAUUACUACUGAAUGGAUUUGAUUCAAACUUAAAAUAGAUGUUCCACCUCAUCACCCACAUCAUGUGCCUACAUCAUGUGACACAAGGUGCAUAACUCUGACACCAAGUUUUCAUGAAUUAUGUCCCCUUUUACUUAGAAUUUAAGGUUAAUUUUGUUGUAUUUUCACUAUAUCUCAGUUAUUACUAAAUGGAUUUGAUUCAAACUUAAAAUAGUUGUUCCACCUCAUCACCCAGAUGAUGUGACAUAAGGUGCUUAACUCUGACAUAAAUUUUUUAUGAAUUAUGUCCCCUUUUACUUUAAAUUUAAGGUUGAUUUUGAUGUAUUUUCACUAUAUCUCAAUUAUUACAAAAUGGAUUUGAUUCAAACUUAAAAUAGAUGUUCCACCUCAUCACCCACAUCAUGUGACACAAGGUGCAUAACUCUGACACCAAUUUUUCAUGAAUUAUGCCCCUUUUUACUUAGAAUUUAAGGUUAAUUCUGAUGUAUUUUCACUAUAUCUCAAUUACUACUGAAUGGAUUUGAUUCAGACUUAAAAUAGAUGUUCCACCUCAUCACCCACAUGUGACGCAAGGUGCAUAACUCUGACACUAUUUUUCUUGAAUUGUGUCCCCUUUUACCUAGAAUUUAAGGUUAAUUUUGAUGUAUUUUCACUAUAUCUCAUUCUGAUUGGCUUAGAGCCAAAGGGAAGUAACCUUUUUUUAACCUUUGUACUGAGUUUCUUCCCCUUAAAUUCCAGGAAUUAGUCUAUUUUUAGAAAUCCUAUUUUUAGAUUUUCAAUAUUUUAGGUAUUUUUCUAACUUUUUUAUUAUAAGUCCUAUGUAAAAAGUAAAAACAUUUUUCUGUGAUAACAUGGGUCGGUAAGACACUUUUUUGUAUUCACUUUUAGUGUAUCUCUAAUAUUAGAGAUUUAAUAUAUUCACUAGUAUUACUAUACUAGUAUUAUACUAGUAUUACUUAUAUGUGGAAGCCCAGGAUGAAGUACUCCAAAGUAUUUUUAAGAUUCCUUAUGGUUGCCGUUCUUCUGUGACAAGACCGUAUGGUGGGGGUAUGAGUCACUCCUGUGACAGUUCUAGUUCGUGUCUGGUCCAUAUCUUCAGAACAGCUGGAGGAUUUUCAUAAAACUAGUUUCAGUUAUUAAUCUCAUCAAGACAAUGUGCAAAGGGAACAAUUGAGGUUACCAGGUCUAAAGGUCGCACUUUGGAGAUUGAAGGUCAAAGGUUCAUUUGCACAGUAUUGCAUAAACCAUUGCAAAGAUUUUCAUUAAACUAGCAUCAAUUAUUCACCUUAUCAUGACGACUUGACUCGAGUCAUUAUUUUCAAAGGUCAAGGUCACUAUUAGAGGUUAAAGAACAGAUAACCUAAAUUCAUGUCCACUACAUAUACAUGUAGUGUCUUCUAAACCACUGGAAGGAUUUCCAUAAGACUAACUCAUCCAGAUGACAUCUAGAGUGCACAACCGAGGUGACUAUGUCCAAGAUCAAGGUCACCCUUAGUGGUCAGAGGUCAAAUAACUUAUAUUUGUGUCUGCUCCAUAUCUUAACCAAUGGAAGGUUUGCCAGAAAACUAGCAUUACUUGUUAACCAUAUCAAGAUCAGGUCACUAGGUACAAGGUCAAGGUCACGCUUGGAAGGUCAAAGAUCAUGAUCACUUCAUUUUACUUCCCUUGUAUCAAAACAGUAUCUAGGGAUACUAGUCACCUAAAGUUAGUAAUAGCUCUCAAUUUGUUAUAUUUUCAUCUGAAACCGUUUUUUCACUUCUUAGCAAGUUUCCACACAUUGUUCACUGAUAUCCUUCGAUGGUUACACACCUAACCGACUUCAUUGUUUUGAUUGCUUUUAAUUUGGACCAACUGCUUUUGGUUGGGAUUGGUAGACUUUUAGGCCAAGAAAUGUUUUCCCACAGUAUAUCAGAUAUAUUUCAAAAAAAGAUUGGUAAAUGUGAUAUGGUGCUCUAUGAAAAACAUGCCUCAGCAGUUUUGCCCUUGCUAGUAAUUCUCGGAAGACAGUGAAAUUUGAACAAAAUAAUGAUCAAAUAUAACACAGAUUGACAUUUAUCAUUGUAUUAUUACUUACUGUAACAGGUAAAUCAUUUUUAAUGCUUGACGCAUUCAUUUCUUUACUCUGUUGCAUUACAAAAAUGUGGUACUAUGUACAAAAUUGGUGGAUGUGGUAGUGCAUAUUGCAGUGAAAUGAUUUUGUCUCAGACAAAUUGAGUUUUCAGAAUUUCCAAAGCCUCGCUCUAGAAUAUUCUGAAGCAUGCAGAUCUCGUCCUUAUAUCAGAGUAGCAUUUCAAUCAUACUGAGUUAAAAUUUGUCUCGUCUUCAUGGGUUCAGCCAUAUGAUUUACAUCAUUAGCUUGAAUAUUUUUGAAAAUGUUGAAUUUUUAAAAUGUCUCAUUCAUAUGUACAUUGGUAUAUUCAUCCAUCAUGAAGAACAAACGUUGAUACAAACUGUAGAAGCCAUUUUUCAGUCAUCCAUAUAAAAAUUGGAGGAUUAAGGCAGAAUUCCUAUUUCCGGUGAUUAUGUGUAUUAAAAUAAAAUGGUUAUUUCUCUACAAACUCGAUUGUUUUGUAAUGUAAGUGUUUUUUGUUGAACAGAAUGAGAUUUUUGAAUAAUUUUUCGUUUGUGUGUUUUUUUGUCUCAGUUUUUACCUGACAAUAUAUUUUAUAAUAAAAGCACUUGACUGAAAAACCUAAACAGGCAAAAUAUAUAUUAAGAUUUCAAUUUAAUACAUAUUGCACACAUUGUUUUGUUGUCAAGAAUAAAAGAAAUUAAGUAAUGUACAUACUUGUUCUCAUUCAGACACGGAGGCAUCUUUUUCAGUGUAUAAAUUGAACAGCAAAUACAAUAUUUUUCAUUAGUUCUAUAGAUCAGAUAUAGUGUUCACAAGUGAAUAAUUCACUGAAAAACAUGUAUUAAAAAAUAGAUGCAUUAAACAUUUGGUCCUUUUUAGCUUGGCUAUACAGAGUAUAUGAAGAGCUGUCGUAACGCACCCUGGCAUUGUUUUUCAGAUGAUUUCAUUUUAUUUAAGGUUGACUUUGGUAACUUGUAAUCAGAGUGUGAAUACAAAUGAUAAAGCUUGCAAAGAUGUGCAAUUUUAGUUGAAAGUUAUAUUGAAAUUGCAUUCAAGCUACUUUCUCACUGUAUUUCGAAAAAAUGUAAAAUUAUCUCUCUUUCUUGUCCAAAUUGUGUUUUGUAAAAGUUUUGUUUGGUUGAAUUAUUGGCAUAUGUAUUCCUUGAACAUGUUGAAAGUAUCAACUAUACAAUACAGAACCAUGUUUCAAAAGGGUCAAAAACAUUUGAUCAAUAAUAAAAUCUGAAUUUGCACAUUUUAAACUCAUUCAGUGUAUGAAAAUUGUAAUUUUUCACUUAAUCUAUAAGCAGCAGUUUAAGAAAAGUUCGUAACUAUAAUGUUCCUUUCUAUUGCCUAAAGAGAACAUGGCCCUGAGCAAGUUGUUUUCCAUACUUUAAAUAUAAAAAACUAAUAUGCAGUUUUAUUUUACUGUGAUACGUGUGUUAUUGUUAUUGUGUUAUUGUACAAUAUUAAUGUGUAAAUGUUAGUAUAACUUUCAAUGUUAGUAUAUAAUCAUAUUAACUGUCAGGUAAUUAUUUCAAUAAAAUUUUGAUUUAUUGCUGUUUUUCCCACUUAAGUCAAUUUUUUUUAAAAAGUCUAGCCCAUAUGACAUUAACUGUAUCUUUUAGUCUUUAUCAUUAAAGACAAAUGUUAAUCAUUUAUAAUUGAGAUCAAUUUAUUGUUUAUUAGUGUUACCUGAAUCACUGAUAUGUUUCAUCAGGCAACAAUAUUGUCUAUAACCCUUAGAUUUGAUGCAACUGUUUGAUAUACUAUGUGUAUUGAAUUUAUGGAAGGAAAAAAAUGACAGCAUACAAGAGAAAGGUUUAGACGUGUGCUUGCAAUAUGCAUUGAGAGCCAGUGGAUAUAUGAAGAUAUUUCAUUUUUAUAAACUUGUAUACCAGUUACAGCUUACAGUAAAACACUAACAAGUCAAUAUUGUAAGGGGAGUGAAUUAUCAAAGAUUUCAUGUGAUGAAUUAUGCAGAGUUUCAAGUGGUAUAAACACAAGAAAUAUUAGGAAAAUAGCUAGGCACCACAGAAAUUGCUCGAGUGAGCCUGGAUGCUGUAGCCAUUGAUGCUGAAGCAAAUGCCGUUUUACUUUAUUUGUGUGUGUAAAGUCCAGCCAUCUGUUCAUUUAUUAAGGUAGUUCUGCACGUUUGAUAAACCAGAAGUGAUGGUGUAACCUCAUUUAACCGAAAAACAUAGAAUAAAGCCUGGAUUCAGUGUAUGGAAAUGAAAAUCAUUUUAUGAAUUAAUGGCAACCCGUGAGUAAAUUGAUUACAAUGGCACUGUUACUAUCUUUCUUAAGUUAAAAUGUGAUAUUAAAAAAUAAUUCAAGCUAAUGUCUUAAAUUAGCUUGAACUGUGUGGUUCAUUUUCAUCAUGGUCAAAUAUCUCAAAAAUAAGUACCCAGACCUAUGUAUCUUAUUUCACCACAUUAUAGACCAUAUGUUUAUGACUGUGAGAAGUUUCAUUAUAAUCUACAUUGUAGAAAAAGUUCUAUUUGUGAAAAUGUUAUGAAGGUUGUAAAAUUUUCCCAUAAACUCCCAUUAUGAAAAAUUGCUUGAGGUCCGAAAUUUUCAAAUCAGUCUAGCAAAAAAUCGAGCACAUGAUCUUUUUGAAUUUUCUAAGUAUAUUCUGAAGUUUUGAAAAAAUCAGGGUUUAAUCAAAUUCUACAUAGUAGAAAAAAUUUUGAUCCAAACGUGCAGAACUUCCUUAAGUUGUACAUUUUUCAGGUACUGUUAUUAUCAUGAAUGUACAAAACUGGAUAUUUCAAAGAGGGAGAGUUUCUGUAUAUAAUGUGGGAAUGAAAUUGAUAUAUUCAGGAUGUAUCGGUGUAAGCUGUAGCAUGUUGUUUGGUUGAAACCAUGGUUUGUUGAAAAUUUAUGCCUGUCCUAUUAGCUUAUUAGGUAGAGCACAAGACUGAUUUUGAAUCACUUGCCCCUCACAGCUAUGGUUUGAAACCUUGCUUGGGGUGUGGAAUUUUUUCAUGUGGUUAAGCAAUCCAGGUGACUGAUGGAAGGUUAGUGAUUUUAAGCAGGGGCAUACUUGUGCUUUUUAUGCUCGAAGGGGCACUUAGGGGUUUUCCUUCACCAUGAAAAGCUGGAAAGUCACCAUAUGAUCUUCAAACUCAAAAGGUGGCUAAUGAAAUCUUAGGGCAAGGUCUUUAUCUUUGUGAUAAUUUGAAAGAAGACAGUAUGUUAAAUGUCAUUAUCUUCAGUUCAUGUUAGAAUGUUGUAUACUUGAGGAAUUCAGUAAAAGGACUUAAAAACAGGAACAGUGGUUAGAUUAAAUGAGCCGCACCAUGAGAAAACCAACAUAGUGCAUUUGAGACCAGCAUGGAUCCAGACCAGCCUGCGCAUCCGUGCAGUCUGGUCAGGAUCCAUGCUGUUCGCUUUUGAAGCCUAUUGCAAUUAGAGAAACUGUUGGUGAACAGCAUGGAUCCUGACCAGACUGAGCGGAUGUGCAGGCUGGUCUGGAUCCAUGCUGGUCGCAAACGCACUAUGUUGGUUUUCUCAUGGUGUGGCUCAAAAAUUAUGGUUACUUUAUAGAAAUACUUGCAUUACAUCAAUAUCAAACAAAUAUUGCAGGUAUUUUGACAGCAGCAAUGAUUCUGAGAUAGGUUCUAAACGAUGAACAAAAUCUACAAUCUGAAUGUGCUUUUAGAGGUGUGUUCACUGUCAGAUAGACAUUUUUGUCAUGUAGGUGAGGAUUUUCAAAGUUUUCACCUCACUAAUGGAGUAGCUUUGAAAGCUUUGAUUGUAAGAUGUAGUGGCUGACUUGUCUUUCAAAGAUACAUGAUUGUUAUGUUUGUUGUAAAAUGAUUCAUUUUGUUUGUUAUAUACAUCAUAAUGAUUGUAAAAUAAAUACAUGAAAAUGACAACACAAUUC